CCAAGAGCAGCAGAAACCACGGCUGCACCCCGGAUCCCCAGCUAGCCAGCGGUACCCACCGCCCGCCGCCUCCCCCGGCCUGAGCCCGGGCCGGGCCCUUCCUCCGCAGCUCGGCCUCGGCCGCCCAGCGGUUGCUGUGGAGACGGCGGCGCUGCCGCUCUGCGCAUGCGCCCGGCGGGCUUCCGGCGGCCCAGAAGCUUCCGCAGUCCCGGCUGCAGAGGUGCUGAGCAUGGAGCGCUACGGUCAGCCGCCCGGCAGCGCCGUCCCAGUGUCCGAAUUCAGGCAAAAUGAGGGUUCAUUAACAUCAACUUUAAGAACACUUCUAUUCUUCACAGCUCUAAUGAUUACAUUACCAGUUGGGCUGUAUUUUUCAUCAAAGGCUUAUGUAUUUGAAGGUACCUUAGGAAUGUCCGACAGAGACAGCUAUUUUUAUGCUGCCAUAGUUGCUGUAGUUACUGUUCAUGUGGUACUUGCUCUCUUUGUAUACGUAGCAUGGAAUGAGGGCUCUCGACAGUGGCGGGAAGGCAAGCAGGAUUAGCAUGAAGAUCAUCUGAUGCCUACAGACUGUAAAUCAAUUUUUUGUGACCUGAAGGAAAAGAAUUCUUCAAAAUAUAUAAUACACAUAUACAAAGAUGAGGCUAAUGCCUCAGCUCAGGUUAGAAUAAGACUUGUGCUCGUCUGGAAUGUGUACUGGUGUUUUCUCUAAUGCUGAUGGAAGUUGUUCUUUAGCCAGACUACUGAGCUGAGGAGGUCUUCACCCACAAUUAGAAUGAAAUACCUAUAUAUUUUUGAAAAAAUCCUGUAGCUAUUUUUGCCAUUCCUAGUAUUUUGCUGGCUUGCUCCGAAAAUAAUACUGGCUUGAAGCAAGCAUUACGUUUUUUGAAUAAGUAAAUUGCUAGUUUAAAAAGCUACAUGACUUAUUGUCCAACAGCAGUGGAAAAGAUGAGAUUCCACUUUGCUGUGGGUAGUUUUGAGAUUUAAAAUACCCAACCAGCCCCACACAGCUGUUCACUCACUCCUCCCAUGAGAACUCUCUUGUGUUCUGUAAAGGACAACAUUUACAAAUGACUAUGUGGAAAAAUGGUUUAUUUUCCUAAAUAGUAACUUGUACACUGUGAAAUCAUACGAUGUUGAUUGUUUUUUUUCCUUGGUUGUGUGUAGAAACUUUCUGUUGUCAAACCAUAGUGAGAUUUUUGUGUUGUGAAGAAAUCUGAAUUUUAUUUCCCUGUUGUGCUGUGUUUAGCAAGGUUUUUAGUUGUAGAUAGAACAUUCUUCCUAAGGUUCCUGCCAUGCAUAGGACUUCCUUAACAACAGUGAUUGCCAUUAAGCUGUCGUGCUAAAGGUCAUUAUGUUAAAUUUCAUUCUCCAGUUUGGUGUAUUAGUUGAGUCUUUUGUUGGAAGUGUGCUGCUUAAUACAGGUCUUGAAAUGGUUUUGGUGCUGCAUUUAUCCAUUGUGAGACUUACCAUAAAUGAGAAAAAAAUCCAUGCCCAGUGGUUUGUGUUCCUGGGUCUCAUGCCUCUCCUCUCCACCCUGAUCCCAGGUGUGCACAAGCAUAUACAUUGUCACACUGACACAGAUGACUUUUUAUAUUCUAAUUCUACAUCAUUGACUUCUCUCAUCCAGAAGCCAUUGCCAGGUUGUUGCCAGCAAUCUGAAGAACAGUCUCAGUACCUGAAGUACAAGUUUGGUUUGUACGUUGGUGUAUUGGCUUCCUGUUAUUCAGUAUGUGAAGUGUAUGUUGCAGAAGCCUUUCUUAAAGAACCACCCUGCAAUGCAAGGUCCAGUAAACGAGCCUGUGUGAUGAACAGUUUUUGAAUGAUCUCUUUAAUACUGCUCGUGUAUAGCACAACUUACAACAAAUAGAUAGGCUCUAGCACUGCCUGGUAACUUUUUAUUUGGAUCCAUUUGUAGUGGAGAAUAAAUGAGAGUAUAGCUGUCAUGCUUUACUAGCGGAGUCUUGUACAAGAUCCCUAGAUACUAAUCUGCAGGCCUGGCAGAGUGGUUUAGCAAUGGAAAAAGAUAAUUUCUGCAGGGGCAAGAAUUCCCUCUUUAAAACCACUGCAACAGCGCCAUGGAUAGGCUAAUGGCACAUGUUGCACUGGAGCGCUCGACCCCGGUGCACACUUCAGUCUGCACCUCUCUUUGUGAUUUGAAGAGACUGUCUCCCCCUCCCUCCCCCACCAAAAGGGUAUAAAAGGACCACAGCUCCUGGGGUCCACAUGUUGAAUCUACUACAGAUGACCCUGCUGGGAUGUACUUGCCACUGAAGGACCUCAACUAUGCCUGUGAAAACAUCACUGGAUCAAGGAGUGGUGAUACUUUGUUUUUUUCUCUUCUUAACUCUCUAUUUCUUCCUCUCUUCUUUCUUCCCAUUUUCCCUCUGCUCUGGUCCACUACCAAGAUUUUUCAUUGGCUCUAAUAAACCCAACUCAUCAGCCA